AUGAAAGAUGAGAACAUCUUCCAGACCCGGACAUCUUCCGGCUUCCGGGACGAGCACAUCUGGGUGUCGAUCGUGGACCCGCCCCGGCGCAGUCCCUUCACCCGCGUGCAGAGGGUCUCGUGCUGCAUGUCUCUUCUGCUCUGCACCAUGGCCAUUAACAUCAUGUUCUGGAACCUUCCCACGGAUCAAGAGUCUCCGGUCCUUCUAAAGAUAGGUUCUUUUGAGCUGACGUGGCAGGAGUUCAUGGUAGCCGUAGAGAGCGGCCUUUUCAUGUUUCCCAUCAACAUCCUCAUCAUUACUAUCUUCAGACACAUCAAACCACGCAUUCUCUCGAAUAAAGACAAGGCUGACUCCUCCAAGAAAACUAAAGCAGCUGCUGCCAUAUCUAUGAACACCAUCAUGAAGGAAACCAUAGGACUGUUAAAUCAUCUGAGCAAAAGCCCAAAAAACAAUCUGGCUGCCAAAGAGAUACGGCCUGAGACGAGUGGUGAUUUUUUCUGGGCCCUGAAUAAAGUGCAUGACGUCCUUCAGAUCAUGCAAGUGGAAAGUGUUGGUGACCCUCAUUGGUCGUACUGCAGCCACUUCGUGCACUAUUCACUGAGCCAUCUUUCUCACCUACUGGAGCAUGUGGGAGAAAAGGGUUUCUUUCUUAAUGAAGAGCUUCGGGAGGCUCGUGGAACGGUCAAUGUUCUGCUGAAGAAAGCUGAAAUGGCGUCUGCCAAGUUCACUCUCCAAAGCCAACCAACUGUGCAAGUAGAGAAGAAGAAACAGGGUUGGUGGUUGCCUUGGUGGUGUGUUUUUAUUGGCUGGUUCCUGCUUUUUGCCAUGAGCGGGUUCUCCACCUUCUUCACCCUGUUUUAUGGCUUCCAGUACGGAAGGGAUUCCUCCAUACAGUGGGUCAUCACUCUUACAUUAUCGCUUGUCCAAAGCAUCUUCAUCAUGCAGCCGCUUAAGGUGAUAUUUGUGGCAAUCUUCUUUGCCAUGAUCCUGAGGCCAGUGGCUGUGGAGAACAACGAGGAGGUCGAACUGCUCCUGCAGGAGCAAAAGGAAAAACGUGAGGAAUACUCUGGGAGAUCGAUAUCCUGAUUGUGUCGCGCCUCAAACUCAAAUCGAGAAGGAAAACGCUUGGUUUGAGACGUCAUCAAACUCAUUUUAUUCUAGAUUCUGGUGUUGGGAACAGAGGAUGCCGUUUCAUAACUAUGUAAAUGAUCGGCGUCUCACUGUCUCUUGCAGUUCAUAAUCCAUUUGUGUAGGCAGACUAGUGUUAAAUAGUAAAAUACCUGUGUGUACAUAACUUUGUAUCAACAAAAAAAGCUAUUCAGUCUUAACACACUCAUCAAGUUUUUUUUUCUUUUUCUGAUCAAAUCAAAAAACAAAAGUGGGUUUUUUAAUAAACCACAGCAGUUAUGUCGUUUGAAAGAUAACAUAUCUGUGAAUAUUGGGAUUAUUUUAAAAAUGACUGUCUGAAAAUAUAUGAAUAGAUCUACAUGCUGAGGUUGUUUCUAUUAUUAAAACACUCAUAUUUUGGUAACUAGCGGUGUAAUUGUUGAGAUUUUGCUUAGUGUCAUCUUAGUCUGAGAGCUAUAUUACAUUUAAAAAACUGGAUAUUCACUAUUAUGUCUCAAUUAACUCCAUAAAUUCUUCGUAAAAUGUAUUUUAGUGUAUCUUCAAUAAAACACUUAUUUUCCAAUGCAUUUCAGUGUAUCAUUAAAAACAAAAAUUGACAUUCAAUGCAGUUCAGUGAUCAGUGGAAUAGUUCAUGUUCAAUACAUCAUCAAUAUGAAGGAGGGUUUAUGCAUGUUUAUGACAACUAUCAUUA